AUGACAAAGAUCAAUAUGAAGUUUUCCAACUUCAAGUUUUCUUCAUUCAGAUUCAGAGGUAAAUCUGAUAAACAGUCCACAACUAGUUUCGUCAAAGAGAUGGAUGUUAAUCAAGAAUACCUCCAGGCAUUUAGGACCAAAUCUUACAUAGAUAUUUGCAAAAAAGUACAGACCCACAUUGGGUUCGAUGAAUCAUCAUCUUCUUCAUCUGUUCAUGAUCAUUAUGUUCAUCUCUGUGACAUCCUUCUCGAACCACAGAGCGAAACCAUAGCCAACCUAGCCGAGACCUUCGGCGUCCACCAUCUAGUCCUUGAUUUCUUCGAAGCUGGUUUAGAAGCAUGGCAUAUAUGUGAACAGCUUCUUGAAUCCGUCCAUCAAGCCAAUGCCAAUCAUCGAAAAGUCAAAAGAGUCGUCAAGCUAUCCCAACGGGUUACGGACGCUAGACGAUUCACAAAAAUAUACGAAGAACUUGCUUCGUAUUCAUCAUCCGCGAAUCCUCUGUCGGCUUUCGACCCAGAAAAGUUUCCCAAAUUACACACUGACCAUAAACUGUUGUUAAAGAGGUUAACCGCAAAGCACACAAGGAUCAGAAGAAAGCAAAAGCUCAUCACUUUUUUGAAAAAGUCUGGCGGUUGCGCUCUUAUAGCUUCAUAUGCAGUUUUGGCCGUUGUGCUGCUGGUUCUCGCGUGCCAUGGAUUGGUUGUGACUAUAGCGUCUCCAGGGCUGAUCGGGUGCUUUUUGGGAUUGACCAAGAAGAGAGACACAGGCAAGACAGGGGUCAAGAUGAGUGAGCUCAAGCGGGUUGGUGUGCAACUAGAUAUGGCAGCAAAAGGGAUUUACACAAUGAUCAAAGAUCUCGACACAAUGGGUUGGCUUGUGGGAAGAUUACAAAAUGAAGUUGAAUUUGGGAGGGCAAUGGCCCGUAAAUGUGUUAGAAACCGAAAUCCGGAUGUGUUAGAGGAAGUGAUGAAGGAGUUUAGGGUUCAUGAGAGUUGUUUCUUGGAACAGUUGGAAGAACUUGAGGAUCAUAUUUACUUGUGUUUGCUUAAUGUUAACAGAUCAAGACGACUCCUAGUAGAAGAAAUCAUGCCCAGAUGAAAUAAUCUAGUUUUUCAUA